AUGCGAGCGCCUGUCUUUCUUAUCGCACAGGAGAAGGAACCUUCCACAGACAAGAUUAUCGACAAGUCGACGUCUGAGCAGGUGGCGAGGGCAAGAUCUCACCAGUCUGUGGACAACAAUGCCUUGUUGAAUUUGUUUCACGCGAUGAAAGUUCCAGCGGCCUUUUCUCUUCUUCAGCAAAUGAUCGUGGACAAGGAUUCAGUUACCAACUUUGAGAAUCAAACUGUUGGCGAAGACGAUAAGGAUAUUGUUUCCAGGAAGAUGCCCAAAGUGACCAAGGACAAUGCAGAUAAAGUGUUCGAUUUGCUGUGCAAGCGCCUUCUACAAGAAUCUGAACAAAUAAGCAUCAACGAGCUUUCAAGUAUUCUGCAAGUUUCUGGGUCCAUCAAUCGUCAUCUUUCUCCGCGCAUCUUGGAGGAGAUGUGGGAGAAGCUAAGGCUUCACAAGGAUGAUGUUUCAAGUCAGAACCUUGCAUGUAAUGCAGCUGUGGUUGCGAUUGCUCAGAACGAUGAUGACAAUGAUGAUGACAACUACGAACAUGAUUCUGACUCUGAUGAACUUUUAUGA